UCGGGGGCACUUCCGGUCAGGCGGUGGGGCUGCGGGCGCAGGGCCCGCCCAUCACCGGAAGUGUCCUCGGCUGGGCUGCUCCGCUAGCUCGCUCGCUCGGUGCCCGGCAUCGUCCGCACCCUGCGGGCCGUCCGGCCCUGGUGCUGGGCCCGGGCCAGUGGAACCUGCUUCCGCCUCCAGGAGGCAGCGGCGUGGCCUGGUGCCUGGCGGACGGCCCCCCAUCCUUGCCCUCGGCCUUUCCGCUCUUCUGUUAGCCGGGGUGGCGGGCCGACCAGCGGGCGGCCGGGACAGGCGGCCGCCAUUCCCGUAUCGCUGCGCCCACGCGGGCUGCCCGAGCCGGCCACCAUGCCGCUGGGCCUGAAGCCCACCUGCAGCGGUUGCAAGACCACGUCAUCUUCCAUGUGGAAGAAAGGCCCGCAGGGCGAGAUCCUCUGCCACCACUGCACUGGCCGGGGCGGCGUGGGCGGCGGCUCGGGGGCGGCCGGUGGGACAGGGGGCAGCGGCAGCGGAGGCAGCUUCAGCGCGGCGACCUUUGCCAGCACCUCGGCCGCGCCUGCGCAGAGCAACGGGGGCGGGGGAGGCAAGCAGAGUAAGCAGGAAAUUCACAGGCGGUCUGCACGGCUCAGAAACACUAAAUACAAAUCUGCUCCAGCUGCUGAAAAGAAAGUCUCCACCAAAGGAAAAGGAAGAAGACAUAUUUUUAAACUGAAAAAUCCCAUCAAAGCUCCCGAGUCUGUUUCUACCAUCAUCACUGCAGAAUCUAUCUUCUACAAGGGAGUGUAUUACCAAAUUGGUGAUGUUGUUUCUGUGAUUGAUGAACAAGAUGGAAAACCCUACUAUGCUCAAGUCAGGGGUUUUAUCCAGGACCAGUAUUGUGAGAAGAGUGCAGCCCUGACGUGGCUCAUACCCACUCUCUCUAGCCCCAAAGACCAGUUUGAUCCUUCAUCGUAUAUCAUAGGGCCAGAGGAAGAUCUUCCAAGGAAGAUGGAAUACUUGGAAUUUGUUUGUCAUGCACCUUCCGAGUAUUUCAAAUCAAGGUCAUCACCAUUCCCUACAGUCCCCACCAGACCAGAGAAGGGCUACAUAUGGACUCAUGUUGGACCCACUCCUGCAAUAACUAUUAAGGAAACUGUUGCCAACCAUUUGUAGUUACAAAAGUAAAACUGGGAACUGGGAAUGUCACCUACUGGUAGAGCACUUGCCUAGUGUAUGUAAGGCCCUGGGUUUGAUCUCUAGCACACAAAAAAUGUAACUGGUUCUCCCAUUUUCUUGUAUUCAUGCUACUAUGAAAUAUGCUACAUGUUUCUUUCAUGAAAUUCUUAAAUGGAAAAAUAAUUUAAGAAGUUUUUACCCUACUACCCAGUAGUCAUUAGCUUUAUUUAUUGCUUGUCCCUUAGAAAAGUACAAGGGAUAGAAAAGAAUGAAAUGUAGUUGAAGGUAAACAUAACAUUCUGUAUGUUUUUCUUCCCAGGCAAAGGCUGCGGUUUGCAGUUUGUAGGGAGAUCAUUAGGAACAGGUAGUCUCUAUUUUUCUUCAUAAUUUAUUUCUAGAAAUUCAUAAAAUAGAUUAUAUUUUUAUACAAAUACAAAAUAUUAACUUCUGAAUUUCUGACCAAGAGCUUAAUCAAAUAAAAUGUAGGUAUAACCAGUAGUGUCUGUCUUAAAGCCACACAAGCCUUAUCUCCCCAUCCAGAAAAUGCUAGGACAGUUGUGGCGGCUUUAACCAUAAGGAAAGUGACUCGUGGACCAUUGUAUUAGCCCUGGCUUUUUUUAAACUUUCACUGGAUUUUUCUGUAGCGUACAGAACCAUCCAGUUGCUCUUAGUAGAGCUGCUCUUCACUGUUCUCACCUAUCCCACUGAGGCUUCUAGCCAAAUCAUAGAUCUGCACAGCAGGCAUCAUCUUCACUAGAGCAUACAUAAAACCAGGCCUCAGACAUCUUUGAGAGAGUUUCUCAACUAUUAGAUCAGCUUAUAGUCAGAAAAGUGAUUCAUAGGUCAUUAGCUUUAAUAGCUAAAAAAGUCUGCUGUAAAGUUGAAGCAGCUGCUAUGGACUGGCCCUGCCAUGCUUCGCACUAGGAAGGCUUGUUACAUGCUUCUGGGGAGGUCAGUUAAAUGAGGGAGCAGUGGUAACACUUGCCUCAUCUCCCAUGAUUUAACCUGCAUUCCUUGACUCCAAAAGAACUUGUAGGGAUUUGAUUUGAUCAUGACCUUCACAGUUGCACCUUUAACUCUUACCCUUUUUCUACAUAGUUAAGGUUUUUGUGUUAGAAAGAAGUGACUGUAGAUAGCUGUGUGUACAUGGUCAUCUCUUUGUUCACAAAAACAACAGUAAAAUGGAUUGUAAAUGCCAUUGUAAAUAUUUUCUAAAUACAGUACUAAUGUUGAAGACUUCUGUAUUAAAAUGUAUUUUCACUGUA